UUGUUUUACAGAGACUAUCAUUAUGGGUGUGCAUGGCUUGUGGCAGUUACUCCAGUCGGCUGGUCGCCCUGUCUCUCUUGAAUCUUUAGAGGGGAAAAUUCUUGCUGUUGGUAUCCUUUUGAAGAAUACAUUCAUUUUAAAGAAGCUGGGAAAAAAAACUCCAUUCUAAGAAUGUUUGAACUUGAAAUGGUCCCAAAGAUAUCUUCAAUAAUUACUUAUGUGUUAAUUGUAAUUGUUUGUUCAAACUUAACUCAAAUUAUUAGUCUAUAUGUGAUUUUAAUUAAUUAGUCUCUCUGGCACCCAACUUAAUGACAAGAAGGCUUAAGUUUACAAUAAAUAAAAAAGCCAAUAAUCUGUUCAUAAUUACAACCCACACUGAAAAACUCAGUUAUUCUUAAGGCACACUUAUUACAUGGAAGUCUUGCUGCAGACUAAUUUUAAGGAAAACGAAAACAAGUAUUUUCAAGACUGAAAAUAUAUGAGCGAGUAUGAUGAAUUAAAAAAACAAAUUUCAAUUUAUUCGGAUCAAUAAAAAUAUCUUAUCUUUAUCUUAUUUUAAUGCGUCACAGUUAUAAUGGGCUGGUUACAUGAUACAUGAAGGCCAAGGAUAACGUUCUAAUUCUUUCUUUAAAUUCUUAAAAUAUCACCGUUAUAAUUCCCUGGUUAUAUGAAACACUUAUAAUAAAUUCUGUCUAUCCACCUUAACUUUGGAAAGACGUGAGUAUUUGGUUGCACCAGACAAUGAAAGGAAUGAGAGACAAGGAUGGAAACCCUCUUCCCAAUGCACAUUUGCAGGUAUUCAGUAUUAUAACCCUAAUAUUUGUCAUCAAAUAAAACUUUGUAAGUAAUUUAAUUUUUUGUUUACUGAUUGUUUAUUGUUGAUUAUUGAAAAACAGUAAAAGAAAAAAGGCUCUGGCUUUACAUUGCAUUUUUUUUUUUUUUUAAACCUGUCUAGGUUGUGGUAUGUUGUUUAAAUAAUAUCUUCUAUGGCUAAAUACACCAUUUCUUUUAUUCAAGGGACUUUUCUCAAGAGUGUGCAAACUGUUGUAUUAUCGGAUCAAGCCAGUGUUUGUGUUUGAUGGGGGUGUUCCAGUUCUAAAAAGGCAAACGAUGGUUAGUAAUUGUCCAAUACACUGUGGAUCUGGUCAUUUGAGAUACCUAAAUCAGGAAGAGAGUCCCAAGGCUUAUGUAGGUGCCCUACAUACAUCAAGAAAAGUGUCCCAAGGCUGAAGCAGUUGUCGCACUAAUGCUGAUUUUGACAUCAUUCAGAAAACACAUCUCAACAUAAAAAGUCUGUUUAUGAAGUAAAAAGAAAAUGUCAGCUAGUGUCUCAAACUAGUUGUAAUUGUAUUCAUCAAAAACUUUAAUACGUUGUAAUUUUGUCAGUGGAAGUUUUUUUAAGUUUAGACUUAUCCUCAGCUUUAUAAUUUUAAUCUCCAAAUUUAAAAAAAUCAACCAGUAAUCUAGUAUGAAAAUUGUAGUCCUUUCUUGCAUGAAGUAGCACAAUUUUACAUUAUAUUUUGAAACAUAAAUGAUUAUAUUACAAUUUUUGUGUGUUCAUUUUUUUAAAGGAAAUUUGGUCUACUAGAAAUAAAUUUUAAUGUUAAAAGCUCUGCAGGCUUGACAUCUUGAAUAAAUCAUUACCGUAUUAUCAUAUGUGGUAUAAUGAAUGGAACUAGUCAUUGAUAUUAAAUAAUAUUGAAAAACAUGUAGUAUUAAAUGUAUUGACCUAAAUUGAUAGUUUCUCUGGAGGGGAAUUAUGGUUUAAAGGAGCCUCAACAGAAUAAAAAUUUUGUUUUUCACUUUAUCCAAACUAUCCAGGCUGCGAGAAGGGAGAGAAAGGCGGAAGCAGAGAGAGAGAGCAGUGACAUAGCCCAGAAGUUGCUGCGUAAUCUAGUUCAGAGCAGUGCGGUCAAACAAGCUCUUGGGGACACCGGUAAACCGAAACGUGUUCCUGGUGUUCAAAAGGGACGCAACCAAGACAGAGACAUAUUUGAACUAGCUCCUUUACCAGAGUCAGAAGAGAUUGGGUAUAUAUCUGAGUGUUGUACUCUUAAUUCUGAUACUGCUCUUAAAUUAAAUUUUAAUUAAUUCGAAUUCAUUUUUAAGAAAUUGCUUACCAUUUUCACUUUAAGUAAAUUUAAAUCAAACAGGUAGAUUUUACUUUGAGUGACCAGGUUCAUGUAUUCUUUCCAGCCUCACAAUGAAUGCUGAACAGUGGGAAAAGGACUUUGAACAGCAGGAGAACUGGAUCAGAGUAAAUUAUAUUUUUUUAAAUAUAAUUAAUCUCUGCCCUGUAUUAUUUUGUUGUCAUAGUAACAGUGUUGGACUUAGAAAAAAAUUAUUGCUUGGUGAAUGGUACCACAAACAACAAAGUGAAAUAGAAAGGUUAUAAUUUAGCACAAAAAAGUAAUCAUAUGCAUACAUUUUUAUAAUGUGUAUUAUGCAUUUUCAUUUGUGUCAACAGGAGGGUCUGGCCGUUUUGUCAGACGCUAAUCCAGACUCUGAAGAGUUCCGGUCCUUGCCUAUGGAGAUUCAGCAUGAGAUUUUACAUGAAAUAAAAGAACAAAAGAAAUACCAUAAUCUCAGGACGUUGACUAAAAUGCCAGAGGUAAGAAACGUGUGUUUAUUUGAGUUGAUUUGAGUAGAGAUCAAUGUAAAGAAGGGAAAAUUAUUAACCCACAAACUGUCCAAUGCAAAUGUGCUGUGGUGUCAAUACCUUUUUUAGUAACUGUGAUAUGCGUCACCUAAAAAUACUAAAAUACCCAAAACUUAUAGAAAAUGAAUCCAGAGACCCGUCUAACUAUAGAUAUUAUGAUUGGUCAAGAAAUCAUGUGGUAUGAAUUUUGGAAUUCUGUGAUCUAUGUUAAAUGAAGGUGACCUUGGCCAUUCUAUAGCUAUUACAAUUGUGUCCUCAGCUUCAAACCCAUACUGACUGUUAGGUCAUUUUUAUCAUCUAACCACGUUUUCCAGACUCAUAAAACAUUAUUCUUUCAGUUUAGAAAAUCUUAAGUUAUUUGGGUUUAUAGAAAUUUAAAAAAGAUUCAUUGAUGUCCUACAAAUUUAAUUAUAUAAUGCCUGUUAAAUUCAUUAGUACCUUAUUUUCCACUACUUCCACUGUUAGAACUUGAACUACUUAUUCUAGCUCCACUAUUGUAAUUACCACUCCAAUCAGUAAUAUUGACAAAACUAUCUUCAAAAAAACUUUCUUCAAAAAUUAAUUCAAGUAAAUUAGGCUUUUGAAUUGCAAGGCUAAAAUCUCAGUCCUACAAAUUAGUUUAAAAAAAAAAUAAACUCUGAAAAUUUCAGCUCGGUUCAUAAUUUAAAUUUUUAAAAAAGUGAACAAGUGAAAUAUUGGGCUUAGAUUUCUAUAAAUAGGAAGAAAAUCUAAUUUUUUUAUCCGUUAUCCCCCUUAAAACAUUUUAAAACUUAUGAAUUUCUUUUAUAAUAUUAAUUUUAGUAUUGGAUAGGUCGAUUAUACACAGAAGCUGCCAUAAUGGGCGAUGAAUGGCCGCCAUGACAGUUCUUGGGUUAAUGUGAUUAACAAUUGGGAAGAGCGUUUGAUGGUUGUAAUGGAUGGGCUGUGCCUUGUAGCGAUGUUUGUGGAGGAGAAGAGCGUUUGAUGGUUGUAAUGGAUGGGCUGUGCCUUGUAGCGAUGUUUGCGGAGGAGAAGAGCGUUUGAUGGUUGUAAUGGAUGGGCUGUGCCUUGUAGCGAUGUUUGCGGAGGAGAAGAGGGUUUGUUAAAGGAAAACACUUAAAGGGAAAUAGCUAAUGUAAAAGAUGUGAAUAACAUAUUGUUUGGAAACAAACUGAUACACUUAUUCAUCUGGUGGUAGAACAAACAUUUUUCAAGUAGGGUCAAUCAAGUGAUGCUAUAAUGCAACUCCUAAAAUUAUAUAAUUCUAAGGGGAAAAUGUCAAAGUGACCUUUGUAUUUUGUUUUCAAUCCAUUAAAACCUAUAUAUGUAACAAGAAGUUGAUCAGAAAUUUCAAAUAUAAAAUCUUGCUCUUUAUUGAAAACUACCAUUUUAUUAUCCCAGGACUCUGACAGUUUUUCAUCUUACCAACUGAAGAAGCUGAUGAAACAAAGCAAACUGACCAACCGCAUCGAAGAGGUACGCAAGGAAAUGUCAUCCAAGACGGCGGGGGACAUAACCUAUUCCCUGGGGGAUGACUACUACGGGGAUGAGGUGGAGGCAAGAAGAAUCGUCUCGGAAGACGCCGCGCAUUAUGUACUCAUCAAAGGCCUGACCAAGAGGAAACAAGAGGAAGAAGCGGAAAAGUACGAACUUGAGAACAAGGUGAAGGUGGAGAAAGAAGAGGAUGAUGAUGAGGUCGAGGAGGGCGGCAGCGGUGGAUUCCCGACCAAGGAUCAGAAGUCUUCACAGGCAGCAAGCAAGAAGUGCUUCUCUGGUUCCGACAGCGACCUAGAAACACUGAUGGCAAGGAGGGGGCAGCUAAAGAGAGCGAAGAAGAAGAAGAAAACAGCAGCAGAGAAAAAACCUGGCCCAAUUAGAGGUGUAUCUAAAUAUAGCAACAUACAAUCAUCCCAUAAAAGGGCCAGCACAGACAAAGGUGAUUGUUUGCAAGUACCAGCCUCGGCCAGUGUUGGUGGAAAUGAUGAGAUUAACGAAAGGGAUUCCAGCUCUGAAGGUGAGACGUUUGCUAAGUUAUAGUGUCAAUAAACUUCACAUAUCAGACACAAGUCUGGGCUAGCUAGACAAAGGAUAGGAUUUUUAAAAAAAAUGUAAUCAAACACUAUUAUAGACUACUAUUUUCACUGGCAAUGGGGACUCAAGGCUUAAAAAGCAAAACAAUUAAUAUUGAAAAAAAUUUUUUAUGCCUUUACUCAUCAUGGUCCAUUUCCUUUUAUUCCAAGCUGGACAAAUGUUUAGUUACAGAUUGGGAGCAUUAAUUGUUUAAAAUUCUGUGCAAUGAUAUUCACAAUAACUUUCAUAUGGCUUUUCAACUAACAAAAAAAAAAAAAUUUAAAAUUCUGUGAAAAUAUAUUCACAAAAACUUUCAUAUGGCUUUUCAACUAAAAAAAAAAAAAAAAAAAAAAAAAAUCACCAACAAAUUUGACUAAAUUUCCAUGUAGCUUUCAGAAUCAAAUAUUUUAUUUCGUUUUUGCUUCACCAGAUGAAGGUUUCAUUGAGGUGACCAUUGACCCCAAUGCUGCAGCGGAAGAUGAUGACCUUUUCCCAUCAAGCAUCUUUGAAAGAAGUGAAGACCCAUGCAAAGAUGUGCUGUCGGACAUGCUCAGUCAUGCAAGUGAGACGGAGCCAGCGCUGCAGGAAAAGUCUGGCCACGUAACAAGUGCCGUCACCGCUGCUGCUUCUAUGGACGAUGAAGUCGUGGCCAAAAGAAAAAGUGUCUUGAGCGAUAUUUUAAGUCAACUGGCGGAGAAGAAGAAAAGUUUAACUGUCCUCUUGUCCGACAGCAUUGCAGAUGAUGAUGAUGUUAAACUAGAGGCAAAUGUUAACGACGGUGGCAGCGACUCUGGCAAAUGGUUACACGAAGACGAUAGUAGCGGUGCUGUAUCGGCGCCUGGUGGCCACGUGGGUGCGGUGCUUGGUUCCAAGACGUCAGCCCCGGAGUUUGAUUUCAGUGCAAGUGGUGGUUUUAUCAAGGAGGAAUCAUCCACAGAUGAAGAUGGCGAGGGAGUGGUUUGCAGUAAUAAGGUCGACGCAUCGCUGAGACCUGCCUCCCAGGGCCCUGAGGUGCCCUCUACCAAACAGAAAUCUGGGAACCCGGAAAUCAAUCAAAUUGUUUCACAUGAGUCAUCAGACGAAGACGAUGACUUGAAGCUCGCAAUCGAGCUGUCGCUGCAGAGUUCCAAAACUGAAUGCGCCGCUGGAGGCAAAAAUAGUGAAGUGGUGGCAGGUGCUAACGAUGACUUUGUGACGUCACCUCAGCUGCCAGUUGUGACAAAAUCUGGAAAACAAUUCUCUAAUAUUUCCGAAGAUGACCUAUCGGACUCUGAGAGUGACGGCAGUUUUGAAGCUGUGCAACAGUCGGUAGCGGUGACUAGUCCCGGGCAGUCUACUGAGUCCCUGUCAUUUGAGCUUGAUAAAGAGUUGAAAGAUCUUGAGGAAAAUGAUUUGGUGGCUGAAGAGGAAAUGAAAGACGGGAAAGAUGAAACAUCAGCUGCCCCCAGCCCUCGGUCAGGAAUUAAUACCAGCGGGUCAUUGUCAACAGAAUCCCCAAGCAAGCUUGGGAGUAGACCCCAGCCUGAAGAUUUUGAGGAGAAUGAAAUGGACACGUAUUUUCACAACCUGAAUGAGGUGAGUUCCCUUAAGGCUGAGAUUUGAAAAAAUUUAAUUAUUUUUUUGAGCGCAACUAAAUGAAUAAUUCAGACACUAAAUAUACAAUGUUCUGGCACCGGCAAUGGUUUAACAGCUGGUUGAUAUAGAUGAUAUGUUAAUCACCAGCUUGUCCGGAAAAGGGAAUUUAAAUCCUCCAUAGGGGAUUCUUCGCAAGUUGCACUUCUCAAUUCAACAAAGUGCAUGGUCUGAGAAAAUUUAUUAUGUUAAUGAUUAUUCGCUAAGUUAGGAUUUUGGACUAACACAUGACUCAUUACAUUGUAAGUAUUAACACUUGGGCAAUAUUAUAAUAAUUAUUUAAUACCUAUUACUUAAAUACCAGUUAAAUAGAUUGUAUUUUAAUAUCUAUCAAAAAGUUUUUCUGACAAUACCGAUCUAAUAGUUAUUAUGACAACACCUAUCGAAUAGUUACUAUGACAAUACCUAUCUAACCACAGGACAUGCUGAUGGACCUAAACACAGAUUUGGAUACCGAGAGGGCUACUCUGCUUUCAGAACAGGGCAAACAAAACAGACUGGCCACCUCUGUAACUGAACAGAUCAACAUGGAGGCUCAGGUAGAGACAGGUGAUAGAUAAAUAGGUUAAUUUAUAGAGAAACUCUUUUCAUUGUCCUCCAAAAUCUAAUUAUGCACAGUAAUGAUGCAUAAAAUAUUUUGCUUCCUGUGAUCUUUUCGAUAGGAAACAUAUUUUUUUUGUGAAAACCCUACUUCCAGCAAUAAUAAAGCAUAAAUGGCCAGUGGCGUAGCUAGGUUUGGUGUCACCUGGUGCGGUAAACUCAAUGUGUCGUGUGUCCUGAACACUUCCGCAAUGUGGAUUUCUUCUUGUUAAAACAAGAGGAAUUCCCCUUGGUGUAACAAGGGCAAGAGCAAAAACAAAUUAAUUGAAGGUCAGGAGGUAAAGUAUUUUAGAACCGUAACAUGUACUUAAAAUCGCCUGCUCACAUUGUAUUUGGUCUAUCAAUGGAAAGCUUGAGUUCUCAGAAUUUUAGAUAAAUAUAGCUUCCUGUCACUUCACAAAGUUACUGAACACUUUAAUUGGCAUUGAAUGAUGGUCGAAAUUGUGUUUUUCUGACCUAAUCAUAGAGUCACAUCAGUUCUGAUGCAUCAAUCUUGAAAUUUCAAUAAAGCAUGCCUUUGGAUUGGUUAUAUGUGUGGAAAAUUCCAUGUGAUCAGUUUUUCUCUUAUGAAAUUCGGUGAGACCCAACAGUGUGUGCUCUGUAAGUAUGCAAUUUUUCAAUUUGGUGUCAUCCGCUGAGAUGGUGUCACUCGGUGUGGCCUGCACCCCCUAGCUAAGCCACUGUACAUUGUACAUGGCAGACAUCCAACACUUAAGUUUUCGAACUGUUUUCUAUUUCUUGUUGUUUAUUCUUUUGUCCUGUCCGCUGAAGAAGACUCUUAGCCGAAACGUUCUACUUUUAUUGCUCUCUCUUUAUAUUUCAAGCUUCACAUACCUUGUUCCAUCAUUUCCUACACACGGCUUGAAUGAGGUCCUUCAUUUACCAUCCUUUAGACCUUAAUCUCUGAUAUUAAGCCAUUCACUCAUUUUCUUUCAAUCUCACUGCUCAAAAUGCUGUGUGCCCAUCCUUGUUGAUGGCGAAAGUACAGCCGAUCACUGUUUUAUUCAUGUGAAUGCACUAUCCAACUAUUUUAAGUUCAAUUUUAAUUCCAAUUUGGAAGCUCAUGUUUUCAGAACUAGGCAGGGAUUUCUCAUGUGAUCUAGGCAGGGCUUUCUCAUGUGAUCUAGGCAGGGCUUUGUCUUGUGAUCUAGGCAGGGCUUUGUCUUGUGAUCUAGGCAGGGCUUUCUCAUGUGAUAAUGUAUGUUAUAUCCUAGAAGGAAUCAAACAUAAAAAUUGUUGAACCUUCAAAGUAUUAUAUUAUUACUUCAGGGUGGUGGGUUUUUAAAAAAAUAAAUGGCAGUGUAAAUUAAAUAGUCAAUGAAGCAUUCAUGUACAUCAGUGUACUUCAGGAACUCUUGAGGCUGUUUGGCAUUCCAUACAUCGUGAGCCCGAUGGAGGCUGAGGCUCAGUGUGCGUAUCUUGACAUCACCGACCAGACACAGGGCACCAUCACUGACGACAGUGACAUCUGGCUGUUUGGUGGACGAAGGAUGUACAAAAACUUUUUCAACCAAAGCAAGCACGUGGAGUUGUUUACCUUUGACAGCAUCUACAAUCACUUUGGUAAGUGGAUUGGUCGUCUAAAGCAAACAUAGAUAGAAAAAAUAAAUUCUGAUGACUUAAAUUGUGUUAGAUUCAGCAACAUUUGAACUGCCAGUGAAGUGGUGCAUUUGAUUUCAAGUUUAAGGAUGUUUAACAAAAUGUUUCUCACGAUAAAAAAUGGAGAAUUUUUACCAAAUGUUUCUCAUGAUAAAAAACAGAAUUUUUACCAAAUGUUUCUCAUGAUAAAAAACAGAAUUUUUACCAAAUGUUUCUCAUGAUAAAAAAAUAGAAUUUUUACCAAAUGUUUCUCAUGAUAAAAAACAGAAUUUUUACCAAAUUUUUCUCAUGAUAAAAAACAGAAUUUUUACCAAAUUUUUCUCAUGAUAAAAAACUAAGAAUUUUUACCAAAUGUUUCUCAUGAUAAAAAGACUGAAAACUGAGGAUUUUUACCAUAAAUGUAUCUCAUAAAAAUGAAAGACUUUAGAACAGUCUUAAGUACAUUCAUUUAUUCAACCAAAAAACAUUUUUUUUUUUUUAAAUUUAAACAGAGAGUGGGGUGGGAAUAAUAUUUAGGAGAAUUUCUCUCAUUACUUUUGUAGCAUUGUCACAUGAUCUUUUCUUAUCAGACUUCCUUCCCUUUAAAAAAAAAAUGUUACAUAAAUUACACUCUCAAAUAUUGGUUGUUUUUUUUUAACUAGCAUCCACAUUAAUUCUGUUUUAGGUCUGAACAGAGAACAGCUUAUCAACGUGGCUCUCCUGUGUGGAAGUGAUUACACAGAGGGCAUCCAAGGUGUUGGUCCGGUCAGGGCCCUGGAGAUCAUGGCUGAAUUCCCCGGGGAUGGUCUUGAGGGACUCACCCUGUUCAGGUAGAACCCCCCAAAACCAUUGAAAAAUCAACCCCUGAAAAUGCAAGUUUUUCAUGUAAACCCCUUUGUAUCAUCACAGGCAGGUCAGACUUUUCCAUUCAGAAGCCAUGUCAAAUGGUGAACUGCUGUUGAAAACACAAGUUCUUCAUAUAACCCCCUUGGUAUCAUCACAGGCAGGUCAGACUGUUCAAUUCAGAAGCCAUGUCAAAUGGUGAACUUCUGUUGAAAAUACUUUUCUUAUCUCUUUCAUUUUUCCCUUGAAAAACACAUUUUAUAAUUUUUUCCCCCUCAAAAAAAAUUUGUGGAUUUACCUCUGCAUUAUUGUGCAACUUAGCAAUGGCUACAGAUCUCAAGAAAUCAUUGCGCCAUGUUUCCUUCGUCGUCCACUUGAAAAGCAGGAAAAAAAACUGAUGUUGUGGGGUGGGAGAUGAAAAUGUGUUGUCAUCGGCAACAAGUCUCUCUGCCAAGUUUCAGCCUGAUUGAAUGACGGGAAGUGGGUCAAUUUGCCUUCCAAAGAGAUUGCCACAAAGAAACAAAAGCGACGUUAAUUAGAAAGGAUUUUUAAAAUAAAUAGAAUGUUGCAGGGGUAGAAUGUUGCAGGGGUAGAAUGUUGCAGGGAUAGAAUGUUGCAGGGAUAGAAUGUUGCAGGGGUAGAAUGUUGCAGGGAUAGAAUGUUGCAGGGGUAGAAUGUUGCAGGGAUAGAAUGUUGCAGGGAUAGAAUGUUGCAGGGGUUAAUCUCCCGGCAGAAUCGUUUCUGCCAAGUGCAGAGGCUGAGUGUCCACAGCACUCGUGUCUCUACGUCUAAGGUAGGGUUUAUAAUGUGCUCAAAAAUUAACACAGCACUGCUCAUUGCAUUGGUUCAGUUACUGAAACUAGCUCAGAUGUUACCUUGUUGGCUGCUUCGGCUCUACUCACUCCACUGGUAUAUCUCGACUGAGAAAUCUAAUAUAUCUAUUCACAUCUUAACAACAAAGACUACAUCAUGCUAAAAUUAAUAACAUGUAUCAUGACAAUGACAUUUUUAAUUUGCUGCACUACAAAUUUGAAGCAUUCCCCCAAAACACACAAUUGUUGCACAACUUUUCCACACCAUAUUCUAGCCCCAGCACGCCCCCCCCCCCCCCCCUCCCCAAACCAUGUGACUGGCUCAGGGUAGCAAGAGAAAGCCAAAACAGACAAUCCUCUGAUAGCCAAAAUAAGUUUAAUAAGCUGGUAUUCCAUUAUACCGAGAAAACAUAUGGGGCGAACAUGGAACAGUUUUGAUACAUAAAAGAAACAAACGUUCUGGCUAUAUUUAAAAUAAAAACAGAAUGACCAAACCAAAAAUUAACAACAAUAAAGACAAAAAAGAAAUAAAUAACAAUAAAGGUAGCAAAAUUCAAGAUUAUAAAGGGAUUGUCCAUCAUGGCAUUUCUCUAAUAAUUGUUGCACACUGUAUAUUUCGUUGCACACUGUAUAUUUUGUUGCACACUGUAUAUUUUGUUGCACACUGUAUAUUUUGUUGCACACUGUAUAUUUUGUUGCACACUGUAUAUUUUGUUUUAUUGUGCAUCAUGUGUUUUUAGAGAGUUAAUAGUUAAUGAAUGCUUUUCCCGCAAUUUAGUUGGUGACACCAUUCAGUUGGUGAUAGUGAUAGCCAUAAUUUAAACAUAACUUGGGUGAUGCCUUAGUUUUAGAUUAACAAUUACAACUAAAUGAAAAUUCUCUGUGACUUCCAGAAAGUGGUGGGACAUAGCAAAGAAGAAAGGCAAGCUUGCAUCCGGGAAUAAAAUCAGGGAACACUUGAAAGAUCUCAAGCUCAUUCCAGGUAGAGUUGUAUUCAUAAACUUGAAAUUUACCAUUUAUUGUGAACUGAGGCUCCACUGAAAAUAGUUAAAGUGAACAGGCCUAUGUAGGUUGAUACCUUUGUGAACUGACGUCCACCCAAAGUAGUUACAGCAAACAGGUGCAGAUUGAUACCUAUUUUCAAUUUGAUAUUAAGUUAAACCUUUCUUGUUAUUGUAUAAAGUUACUAGCUAUAGCCUGCCAAACAAUGGCAGCCGCAUGCUGACUCUACUAAAUUUACUUGACAAAACAUGCAUUCAAGUAACACACUUUAUAAGAUUCCCAAUUGGUGCAUAAUUAAUACACGUUAUAAUGCACAUUCCUUGCAGGUUUCCCUAGUGCAGCUGUUGUGGAUGCUUACUUGAAUCCUACUGUGGAUGACUCAGAAGAGAGGUUUAAAUGGAGUCCUCCAGAGCUGGGGCUGCUUAGAGAGUAUCCUUGUCAGGCUGAUAGCUAUUAUUAAGUUUAAUAUGCCAUUCAUAAUUUUUGUGUUAAAAAUAAAUAAUUAAUGAGAUAUAGGUUACUAGAAUUGUCAAAUGGAGCUGUUGAAUUUGACAGCUUUUAAGAGUCAUAUCAGGCCUGCACCUAUGGGGGGGACAACCAUGGCACUUGUCAGGGGCCUGAGAUUAAUAGGGGCUGCCCUUUUAAAAUAUACGCACAUGUCUGAAAUACGAAAGGGGCCCAAACUCUGUCAGCUGCUUGGGGCCCAGAAUUUCCUAGGUGCGGGCCUGGUCAUAUAAAUUCCUAUUGUUCAUAUUUUUUUACACGGGACAGUGAUUUAAAUAUAUUUAUUAAAGAUUUAUGCAACUUUAUACACAAGCAUGAAAUUUAUUAUCAAAAUGCCAUAAAACAAUACAGCGAAAUAAUUUUAGACAAGAAAGAAGAGAAAUUUUCAAAAAUGUGAAACCGCUUGAGACUCCUUAACAUUAAAACUAGAUUUGCCAAGAAAAAGUUUGGGUGGCCCAAAGAGAAAGCGGACCAGACACUUAUACCAAUGAUGAAACAGUUCAACAAAAAAGAGGUUUAGGCACAUUUCAUUUUCACAUUAUUUUAUUUGGCACAUUUCAUUAUCAUAUUAUUUUAUUUGGCACAUUUCAUUAUCACAUUAUUUUAUUUGGCACAUUUCAUUAUCACAUUUUUUAUUUGGCACAUUUCAUUAUCACAUUAUUUUAUUUGGCAACUGACUAGGAAAUCGAUCCCGAAUAUUAUUUGUUAAAUAUAGAGAGAACAAAUUUUAUGUAGAGAUUUAUUCACUCUUUUAAUUGUUUCAUUUAAUCAAAUCUUAUUAUUAAGAAUUCUUCCACUUGUCUUUCACCAGACGCAGGGCAGAAUUUCCUCCUACUUCCAACCUGAGAGUUUCAUCCAAGUUUCCAAGAUCAAGAGUCAACGCCUGAUGAAAGCUUUGGACCUGGUUAAAAACCCGAAGACGGUGAAUGACCAAGAUGCUGAUACGGAGGGUACCACAGCGGGCUCAGACUCUGAAGAUGGUGGCUCAGCAAUGAGGAAAGAAAGUAAAACCGGCAAAACUUUAGGAAAUAAAAGCAGAGAACCAAAAGCAGUCAAGAGGCCAAAGUCAGGGCAACCAGCCGAAUCAGAUGAGGAAAAGGCAGCAAAGGGAGGGAAGAAAGGAAGGAGCAAAAAGGGAAAAUCAAAGACUUCAACCAGAGACAGGCAAGAUUCCGGGGAACCGGUAGAAAAAGUUGGUAGUGAAAUCUCGUUAGUGGAAAAUAAGGGUGCUGAUAAUUUCAUGGGGGUAAUGUCCGAGAAAGUGAAACAUGCGU